CUAUUCUUCUCUUCCGUUCUUUGACCUAGCCUACCAAGUACCCAACAAGUGGAAACCAUGGUCCAUAGCACAAACAAAUGAAAAUCGUCGGGAAUUAGCACUCCACAACCACCGCCCACCGUCGCCAAAACUUCGCACAAUCCAGGCACACAUCACCGCUGCCUAACGUAGUGACGCCAUUGCCUGAAGCCGCUCACCACCGGCUGACCGACACCAUCUGCCGCCGCACACGACCCACCACCGUAUGACGCCGCACAACACCGCCGACGAAAAGUUUAAUCUGCUCCUUGUUCUGAAGCUUUGUGAUAAUGAGGACCAUUGCUAUGCAUAUACUGAUUUUCCCAAGUUGCAGUUUAGGAAAGAUAUAUCAAAGGCUCGUUGGAAACAAGAUGUGGGAAUGGCUGAGAUUGUUAGUAAUAAAGGCAAAUUGUGGACAACAACAGGGAUAGUUCGUGGUGGGAAGUUAUAUAGUUUUCUUGAAGAUACAUUGUUUUUGGCAGAGAUAGGGGCAUUGCAUCUGUUAGAUGAUGAGGAUAAAUGUAUUCCACUUGAAGAUAUUUAUAAAAAGGUUGCAGAAGGUGUAGGUGGAUCUUCAUGGGAUUCAUUUGAGGUUUACAGGCAUCUUAAGUCAUUAGGUUAUAUAAUCAAGAGGCAUGGUGUUUGUUGGAGCAUAAAACGUGGUAAAAGUGAAGAAAACAGUUCUAUAAUGGAAGUUACUGAGUUGUUUAGUAGUAUGGAGAUAAAUGAAGUGAGUAAAAAACUGGUUUUUGAUGUUUACCCUCCAAACAGCAAGUUUAGAAAGUCAAAUCCAGGCAAUCCGAUCUUUAUUCUCUGUAUAAUUAGUGGCAACCCACCAACCAAGAAACAGAUUGAGGAACUUGAAGGACAAUGUGAAGGCAUCCCUUUAAAGUUUUGUUAUGUUGAACAUGGACGUGUAAGUUUCUUUUCUUUUAAUCAAAUUGAGCUUCCUGUUCUUCCUUGAAAACGAAUUUACAACUGAUAGAAUACAGAUUCGAGAUAGUGAUUUUCUAAAGUUUCUAUAUUCUUAUUAUCUGUAUAUUUUAUUUAUUAAUUAUUCGGAUAAUACAAUUGGAGACAUAUAAUGGAUCUACAUUUAAAGGUAGAAAAAUGUCUAGAAAAUGAAGAGAACAAGAAAGUUCAUUUUGUAAUGAUCCAGUUGAGAAG